AUGUACACUGCUGGCAGUGUCUCUGCUGCUACGACAUACUCAACCGGCAAGACUACAUUCACGGGUAGCGACGGCCUUCCAACCACGCAGACCGUCUACUACGUCGAGACACCAGUCGUAGCUACCACGAUGUUCACAGCAGGUGAUGUCUCUUCUGUUACCACGUACUCAACUGGUGUCACUACCUUCACGGGUAGCGACGGCCUUCCGAACCACGCAGACCGUCCGACUACGUCGAGACACCAGUCGUAGCUACCACGAUGUUCACAGCAGGUGAUGUCUCUUCUGUUACCACGUACUCAACUGGUGUCACUACCUUCACGGGAUCCGACGGCCUUCCAACCACGCAGACCGUCUACUACGUCGAGACACCAGUCGUAGCUACCACGAUGUUCACAGCAGGUGAUGUCUCUUCUGUUACCACGUACUCAACUGGUGCCACCACCUUCACCGGAUCGGAUGGUACUCCAACCACGCAGACCAUUUACUACGUCGAGACUCCAGCUGUAGCCACCACGAUGGACACUGCAGGUGAUGUCUCCGCUGCCACGACCUACUCGACUGGUGCCACCACCUUCACCGGAUCGGAUGGAAUUCUAACCACGCAGACCGUGUAUUACGUGAUAACUCCAAGCAGUGCCGCUGCUGAGUAUACUGGCCGGACCGGAGCGUUUACCUCUACCUACUCUACCGGAGCAACAACUUUCACUGGUAGCGACGGCAAUCCAACCACACAAACUGUCUACUACGUGGAAACCCCGUCGACGGGAUCAGUCGUAUACACCUCAUGGACCGGUAGCUUCACUUCCACUUACUCGACUAGUUAUGUGACCUUCACUCUUUCAAAUGGUCUUGCCUCUACUCAAACAGUGUACCACAUCGAGACCCCUGUAUCUGCCUAUUAUGGCAAUUUCAGCAGCUCGGCCACCGCAACAAGCCCUUCAGAAAGCACAUUGAACCCUGUGACAUCAUCUGGUUUGUCAGCAACUACAAAAUCUAGCGCGGCCACUGGGGAUGGAGUCAUACAUUCUUCCAUUUCUUCACGUAUGAGUUCCCUUUCAAGUUUAAUUUCAAGCAGCCCCACAAGACCUGGCUCCAACUCCGCGUCUAUCUCUGGCUCAGGCGCUGGAGCUAACCCAGGGUCAAGUUCAAGUGCAGGGUCUGGUUCAGGACCUGGGGUCAACUCAGGAUCUGGUUCCGGCUCCAGUUCCAGCAUUUCCAAUUGGAUUAGCGCUCCUUCAGGAUCUGGGCUUACUGCAAACUCUGGUUCGGGGUUUGGUUUUAGCUCAGAAGCUGUCUCCGGCUCCGGCUCCAGCCCCAGCUCCAGCACUUUUGCUUGGACCAGCUCUCCAUUAGGAUUUGGAUCUGCUGCAAACUCUGGUUCGGGGUUUGGUUUUAGCUCAGGAGGUGGCUCCGGCUCCGGCUCCAGCCCCAGCUCUAGCACUUCUGCUUGGACCAGCGCUCCAUCAGGAUCUGGUGCUGAUGCUGCUUCAGGAUCUGGUUCAAGUUUAAACUCGGUUUCUAGUUCUGGUUCUGCUGCAAACCCUGGUUCAGAGCCUGGCGCUAACUUUGGUUUGGGCUCUGGUUCAGGUUCAGGGGCUGGUGCAAACCCAGGCUCUGACUCAGACUCAGAAUCCGGUUUGGGCUCCAACUCUUCUUCCAGGCUCUCGCAAACAACGACCGUUAUGCCAGAAACACAAUCUCUGCCUUCCGUGUCCGUGACUUCAAGCAAGACUGGAUCCACAGGCUCACCCAGUGUUUCAACCUAUGAGGGUGCGGCCAGUAGGAUCUGUUUUAGCCUCUUUUUCGUUUUGCCUUUGGCGUUAAUCUAG